AUGAGUUUACCAAUUGAAGAUUGGUCGAAAAUAGUGGUACUUAUUGAAAAUGAGCUGAGCCAGAGAUCUGUUGCUAGAAGAAUGAAUGUUAGCCUAUCUGCAGUGCAGAGAUUAUUGACAAGGCAUCAAGAGGAAAGCAGAUUGGCCAGAAGACCUGGUUCUGGAAGAAGACGGUGCAAAUCGUUGAAGAAUGAUAGAUUCAUGGUGACAUUGAAUCUAGGGUCGGACGAUGUUGGCACCAGUUGGCUCAAGAAAGAGGAAAUUGGAAAAUUCAAGGAGAGGCCUAUGUCCAAUAGUGGAUGCAGACAGGCUGUUAAAGAAGAAGAAUCCAAGCUAGAGUGA